UCAGACCCAACUGAAGACCCUGAAGAUGGAGAUGGACCAGGCCAAAGCCCAAGGCACACAUAUGGUGCUGGAGAAUGGGGCACUGACAGAAGCCCUGGCACGCUGGGAGAAAGUGGCCACUGAGUCUGCGCGGCAGCUGGAGGAGGCACAGCAGCGAGCGAGAGCAGCAGAGGCAGAACACGAAACCUGCACUGCCCGGGAGGUGAAGCUGCGAGAGCUCAUUUACAGCCUGGAAGCCGAGCUGGGCCCCCUGCGGCGUGGGUCACACCCCCGACGCCGUUCAGGGUCCAGGUCCAAGCCCAGCAUCCGCUCCCGCCAGAGGGCUGGAGCCACUAAGGGCUGCCAGAGGCCACCUCGUGACCCCCAGUAGGGUGGACAGAGCGUGGAUGAGAGGUGCAGCCCACAGUAACCUCGAGCAGCUUUCCACCACGAGAUGACCUGGAUGUCGGGCACAGAGCAAGAAGAUCCGGCUUUCGCCAGGCACAGACUGUGUUAGUGCUGGGGAAACUGAGGCACGAUUGGUCAUGCAAUGAAAUAAGGCUGAGCUGAGACAUCCCCUGCACCGUGUGGUGGCUUUCACCCCGACGAGAGAGCAAGGCCACAGAAGGUUCAUCCAGUAAAAUGCUACAGAACCCCAGAUGUAGAGUCUACAGAGAACCAAGCACACCGGAAACGGAUCGAACAAACCAGAGUCUAUAAAUUAUUUUUAUUUUUUA